CGGCGCCGGCUCCUCCUCUGCUGUUGUGGUGACGGGGUAGGGGGUAGGGGUGGGGUCUCUGGUGACCCCGGCCCAGCGCAGACAGUCUGCGGAGCGGUCCAGUCCCGGCGGUGGCCUUCUGCGCCUGUCAUUGACCGUUAGCCGGCAGGCCUGGCCGCUCCCCCGAGGGGAGAACUUUUCAGGGCCAUGUCCAGGCCGAGCAGCGUCUCCCCGCGGCCGCCCGCGCCUGGCGGCGGGGGCGGCCCCGCUCCGUGCGGUCCUGGGGGCGGAGGCCGGGCAAAGGGGCUGAAGGACAUUCGUAUAGACGAGGAGGUGAAGAUCGCAGUCAAUAUCGCUCUGGAGCGCUUCCGCUACGGCGACCAGAGAGAAAUGGAAUUUCCUUCCUCUUUGACCAGUACUGAAAGAGCCUUUAUUCAUCGAUUGAGUCAGUCUCUUGGUUUGGUUUCUAAAAGUAAAGGAAAGGGAGCAAAUAGAUACCUAACUGUGAAGAAGAAAGAUGGAUCAGAAACAGCUCAUGCAAUGAUGACCUGUAAUUUGACUCAUAAUACAAAACAUGCUGUUAGGAGCCUAAUUCAAAGAUUUCCUGUCACCAAUAAAGAGCGUACUGAACUUCUGCCUAAAACAGAAAGAGGAAAUGUGUUUGCAGUUGAAGCUGAAAACCGGGAAAUGAGCAAAACGAGUGGGCGACUCAACAAUGGCAUACCUCAGAUUCCAGUGAAAAGAGGAGAAUCUGAAUUUGAUUCUUUCAGGCAGUCUCUGCCAGUGUUUGAGAAACAAGAAGAAAUUGUUAAAAUAAUUAAAGAAAAUAAAGUAGUUUUGAUCGUAGGAGAAACUGGGUCUGGAAAGACUACACAGAUUCCUCAGUUCCUUUUAGAUGAUUGCUUUAAAAAUGGUAUCCCCUGCCGUAUAUUUUGUACCCAGCCAAGAAGGUUAGCAGCUAUUGCUGUGGCUGAAAGAGUUGCUGCAGAGAGAAGAGAAAGGAUUGGUCAAACGAUUGGAUAUCAGAUCCGAUUAGAAAGCAGGGUUUCUCCAAAGACACUUCUGACAUUUUGCACUAAUGGGGUAUUGCUUCGUACAUUGAUGGCGGGAGAUAGUACAUUGUCGACUGUGACACAUGUUAUUGUGGACGAAGUACAUGAAAGGGAUCGAUUUAGUGAUUUUUUACUUACAAAGUUAAGAGAUCUGUUGCAAAAGCACCCAACUUUGAAACUUAUUCUUUCUAGUGCCGCCUUGGAUGUAAAUCUUUUUAUAAGAUAUUUUGGAAGUUGUCCAGUGAUCUAUAUACAGGGAAGACCUUUUGAAGUAAAAGAAAUGUUUCUGGAAGACAUCUUAAGAACUACUGGAUACACAAACAAAGAAAUGUUAAAAUACAAAAAGGAAAAACAACGAGAAGAGAAGCAACAAACUACUCUUACAGAAUGGUAUUCGGCUCAAGAGAAUACAUUCAAGCCUGAAUCUCAGAGGCAGAGAACUGUUCCGAAUGUGACUGAAGAGUAUGAUUUGUUGGAUGAUGGUGGUGAUGCUGUCUUCAGCCAGUUGACAGAAAAAGAUGUGAAUUGCCUUGAACCAUGGUUAGUAAAGGAAAUGGAUGCUUGUCUUUCUGACAUAUGGCUACAUAAAGAUGUCGAUGCCUUCGCUCAGGUCUUUCACCUUAUUUUAACUGAAAAUGUUAGCGUUGAUUAUAGGCAUAGCGAAACCAGUGCAACAGCUCUGAUGGUUGCUGCUGGACGAGGUUUUUCAAGUCAAGUAGAGCAGUUAAUUAGCAUGGGAGCCAACGUGCACAGUAAAGCGUCAAAUGGCUGGAUGGCUUUAGAUUGGGCUAAACACUUUGGACAGACUGAAAUUGUGGAUCUUCUGGAAUCUUACAGUGCUUCACUGGAAUUUGGAAAUCUAGAUGAAAGUUCUCUGGUACACACAAAUGGGAGUGACCUCAGUGCAGAAGACAGAGAGCUCCUGAAAGCUUAUCAUCACAGUUUUGAUGAUGAAAAAGUAGACUUGGAUUUGAUCAUGCACCUUCUAUACAAUAUCUGCCAUGGUUGCGAUGCUGGAGCAAUAUUAAUUUUCCUGCCUGGAUAUGAUGAAAUUGUUGGACUGCGGGAUCGCAUCCUGUUUGAUGACAAGCGGUUUGCUGAUAACACACACAGAUAUCAAGUCUUUAUGCUUCAUUCAAAUAUGCAAACAUCUGAUCAAAAGAAGGUAUUGAAAAACCCGCCUGCUGGUGUUCGAAAAAUUAUCCUUUCCACCAAUAUUGCUGAAACCAGCAUCACAGUCAAUGAUGUUGUCUUUGUUAUUGAUUCUGGUAAGGUGAAAGAGAAAUCCUUCGAUGCACUGAAUUUUGUUACAAUGUUGAAAAUGGUGUGGAUUUCCAAAGCUAGUGCCAUACAACGAAAAGGCAGGGCAGGGAGAUGUAGACCUGGAAUUUGUUUCCGGCUGUUCAGCAGACUCCGAUUCCAGAAUAUGUUGGAAUUUCAGACUCCAGAACUUUUGAGAAUGCCAUUACAGGAACUUUGUUUACAUACUAAGCUAUUAGCCCCAGUUAAUUGUCCUAUUGCCGAUUUCCUAAUGAAAGCUCCUGAACCUCCACCUGCUUUAAUUGUAAGAAAUGCUGUACACAUGCUUAAGACAAUAGAUGCAAUGGACGCGUGGGAAGAUCUCACUGAGCUUGGGUAUCAUUUGGCUGACCUGCCCGUAGAACCACAUCUUGGAAAAAUGGUCCUGUGUGCUGUCGUGUUAAAGUGUCUGGACCCCAUCCUUACAAUUGCCUGCACCCUGGCCUAUCGAGACCCUUUUGUACUGCCAACCCAGGCCUCUCAAAAGCGCGCAGCUAUGCUCUGUAGGAAACGCUUCACUGCAGGAACUUUCAGUGACCACAUGGCACUUCUCAGAGCAUUCCAGGCAUGGCAGAAAGCACGAAGUGAUGGGUGGGAGCGAGCCUUUUGCGAAAAGAACUUUCUUUCGCAAGCUACCAUGGAAAUAAUCAUUGGUAUGAGAACUCAGUUGCUUGGUCAACUUAGAGCAUCAGGUUUUGUUAGAGCACGAGGCGGUGGUGACAUUCGAGAUGUUAACACAAAUUCCGAGAACUGGGCUGUCGUUAAAGCUGCAUUGGUGGCAGGCAUGUAUCCUAAUGUAGUCCAUGUGGACAGAGAGAAUGUAGUACUGACAGGGCCAAAGGAGAAAAAAGUUCGGUUUCAUCCCACUUCAGUUCUCAGUCAGCCUCAGUAUAAAAAGAUUCCUCCAGCCAAUGGUCAGGCUGCAGCGAUUCAGGCACUACCUACAGAUUGGCUUAUUUAUGAUGAAAUGACCAGGGCCCAUAGAAUAGCUAAUAUUCGAUGUUGUUCAGCAGUGACACCUGUCACUAUAUUGGUAUUCUGUGGACCAGCUAGAUUGGCAAGUAACGCUCUUCAAGAACCUUCAUCAUUUCGAGCGGAUGGUGUUCCUAAUGACAGUAGUGAUAGUGAAAUGGAGGACAGAACCACUGCUAAUUUGGCAGCUUUGAAACUUGAUGAGUGGCUCAAUUUCAAACUAGAGCCUGAGGCAGCCAGUUUAUUGCUGCAGCUCAGACAGAAGUGGCACAGCUUAUUUUUACGCCGAAUGAGAGCUCCAUCCAAACCUUGGUCUCAAGUUGAUGAAGCUACCAUAAGAGCAAUUAUAGCUGUUUUAAGCACUGAGGAACAGUGUGCAGGUUUACAGCAGCCAUCUGGGAUAGGCCAGAGGCCAAGGCCUAUGUCUUCAGAAGAACUUCCUUUGGCAUCAUCUUGGAGGUCCAAUAAUAGCAGGAAAACUUCCGCAGAUACUGAAUUUUCUGAUGAGUCUGCUACUGCAGAAAGAGUAUUGAUGAAAUCUCCAUCUCCAGCACUACACCCACCUCAGAAGUACAAAGAUAGAGGAAUUUUACAUCCUAAACGAAGCACUGAUGACCGAUCAGAUCAAUCUUCUGUGAAAUCUACAGACAGCAGUAGUUACCCGAGUCCUUGUGCCAGCCCUUCUCCUCCACCCUCAGGAAAGGGCUCAAAAUCUCCUUCACCAAGACCAAACAUGCCUAUUCGAUACUUCAUAAUGAAGAGUAGCAAUUUGAGAAACCUUGAAAUUUCUCAGCAGAAGGGUAUCUGGUCUACAACCCCUAGUAAUGAGCGGAAGCUAAAUCGAGCCUUUUGGGAAAGCAGCAUGGUUUACUUGGUAUUUUCUGUUCAAGGAUCUGGACAUUUCCAGGGAUUUUCUAGGAUGUCUUCGGAGAUAGGAAGGGAGAAGAGCCAGGACUGGGGCUCCGCUGGACUGGGAGGAGUGUUUAAGGUGGAGUGGGUCCGGAAGGAGAGUCUUCCCUUCCAGUUUGCACACCAUCUACUUAACCCCUGGAACGACAACAAGAAGGUCCAGAUCAGCAGAGACGGGCAGGAGCUCGAGCCUCAGGUUGGUGAACAGUUGCUCCAGUUAUGGGAACGCCUUCCGUUGGGAGAAAAAACCACGACUGAUUGACCUGAACUCAGAUCUCUUAACUACAGAAGAACAUUGCACCUACUUAUAACCACUGAAUGCACUGACUUCUAAAAACUGAGGUGGAGAUAGAUGUGUGUGAUGAAUGAAUGGGCUUUUCUGGCUUAAUGUUUGUUACUUUAGAACCACCAUCUUCAUAUAAAAGAGAAAAGGGUAAUUUCAAUUUUUAUAGUGAUCAUAAAGAAUGAUUAUGUAAUGUUUGUUAAUUAUAUGUUUAUACUUGAAUAAAAUAGUAGCAGGUAACACUAUUUGGCACAACAGCAGUUACUUGAAAAACAUACUUAAUUUGAAGUUAAACAUUUCGUUUGUUGAAAACACUGACUCAUAACUCUUAUUGAUGAUUUUUUUAAUGCAAAGUAAGUUGUUUCCUUUUAAGAAGGGCCUGUAUCAGUACCUCUGAGCACCAUUUUAGAAGAGCUAAAUAACUCUUAAGGUUUGUCAUUAAAAACAAUCCAGUUCUAAAAAUGUCCCUUUUAAAAAUAGUGUGUGCUGAUUAAGGACUAUUCAUUCUGCCAUUUUAAACCUGAGCUACAUUACGAAAAAAAAGGAGAGAUGUUCUUUUUUCUUUGAUUAUAAAGUGCAGUAAAAUCUGAAGAAAAUCAGGGUUCUUUCCUGUCUUUGACUGGAUCAGAUUUAGUGCUUAGUUUUAUUCCUGGUCCUGCAUCUUACCCCCUCCUCUCAUCUUACAACCUUCACACCUCUCUUACCUGAGCACGGUAAUUACGACCUCUCUGCUUUGGCUAGAGAAACUCAGCUUGGACAAGUUAAAAAUGUAAACAAAUGGUGCAUGUUACAAAAAGUGCCCAGCAGUUAGCAGGAGCCUGGUUGGUGUAUGUCUUUCAAACGAAAGCCACACCACAAUUCAGCAUGCCUCCUGCUUGCUUUCCAGUACUUUUCAGGCUCCUUGCGUUUUUGGAUUUCUUACUGUUUUGCAUUUAUGGUUUAAUAAACGGGGGAGGGGUGUGUGUGUGUAAUUUUUGGUAAACCAGUGAUAGUGCCAGCUCUCCUGUUUCCUUGUCUUCUCAGGAUUAUUUGAUCUCUUUACCACCACUCUGUAAAGUUUCCCCAGUGGCUUUUUGAAGGAAAAUAGAGGUACAGGGAAAUAUGGAAUGAAAGAAAUGUCUUGGUUAUUGAGCUCUAAAUAGAACAGCUUCGAUAGCACUUCUCAUGAUAUAUUUGGGUUAUUGAAGAAAAACCAACAUGAAUCUAAUUUAAAGGCAAGAAGAAAACUCUUAAGGCUUUUUUGCUUCUGCAUUUGAAAACAAAGAAGUGAAAAGUCCUGGGUCAACAUAAGAUCUUGGGAACCCGUCUUUCUCUUGGAAAGUAUUGUGUGUUGGUGCAGUAGUUUAGAAUGGCAGCUGUGAUUUUUGCCUGUGUUUGUCGUUACUGGCUUUUUGUUGGUUUGUUUUAUACUUUGAGAUACACUUGUAAAUUGAGCCUAUGUGAAUUAUGUUCUGCUGUAUGUGUAUUACAGGUUUUUUUUUUUCCUAUUAGAGCAACUUGUGUUUUUUUUCUCCUGAUACUGUAUAUACAUUUUGUUUGGGUAUAUAUUUAACAGUUUAUGGUAUUCUAAAUUUGGAAGUGAGAACUUUUAAAAAAUAAAACUUGUUUUAAUGUCCUUCUGUUUUCUAAUAUCUAGCCCUGUAUGUAAAUGAUGAGUUUGUUGAUAUUUAAAAUGAACACAAUUUGAAUGUAAUUAAAAUGCUGUUUUUGGAAGAGAUGAACUUUAAAUAUACUUAUUAAAUGAAAUUCUGUUAAAUUA